UUAGAAUUUAUGUUCUUGGUUCAUCUACGAGAUUCUGGAAAAGGGGUUUUGGUUUUCCGGUGGGGUUUAGAAUUUAAACAAGACGCGAUUUCGAAUUUCGUUCUUGUAGAAUCAAAUUGUUUGGUUUCAAUCUUGGAUUUGCGAUGAUGAAUUUUCUGAGAAGAGCUGUAUCAUCUUCUAAAAGAAGCGAGCUUAUUCGCAUCAUUUCUGUUGCUACUGCUACUUCUGGAAUUUUAUAUGCUAGUACUAAUCCAGAUGCAAGAACUCGAGUAUCGCUUGCUAUACCUGAAUCUGUUCGAGAAUCUUUGUCGUUACUGCCUUGGCAGAUUUCACCGGGUUUGAUUCAUCGUCCUGAGCAAAGCUUAUUCGGAAAUUUCGUGUUUUCUUCGAGAGUUAGUCCGAAAUCAGAAGCACCUAUAAAUGAUGAGAAGGGAGUUUCUGUUGAAGCUUCGGAUAGUAGUUCGAAACCAAGUAAUGGCUACUUAGGGAGAGAUACUAUAGCCAAUGCGGCUGCUAGAAUUGGACCAGCGGUUGUCAAUCUUUCGGUUCCUCAGGGUUUCCAUGGGAUAUCUAUGGGGAAAAGUAUCGGUUCUGGAACGAUCAUUGAUGCUGAUGGCACGAUACUGACUUGCGCUCAUGUUGUAGUUGAUUUUCAGAACAUUCGUCAUUCUUCUAAAGGGAGGGUAGAUGUGACGUUGCAAGAUGGUAGGACGUUUGAGGGUGUGGUGGUGAACGCUGAUUUACAAUCCGACAUUGCAUUAGUGAAGAUAAAGUCAAAGACGCCAUUGCCAACUGCUAAACUUGGUUUUUCGAGUAAGCUUCGUCCUGGAGACUGGGUAAUAGCGGUAGGUUGUCCUCUGUCUCUCCAGAACACAGUAACUGCUGGUAUUGUCAGUUGUGUUGAUCGCAAAAGCAGUGAUUUGGGUUUAGGAGGCAAACAUAGAGAGUAUCUCCAAACAGACUGCUCGAUCAAUGCGGGAAACUCUGGUGGGCCUCUUGUAAAUUUGGAUGGGGAAGUGAUUGGUGUUAAUAUCAUGAAAGUUUUAGCUGCAGAUGGUCUUGGAUUUUCCGUGCCAAUUGACUCGGUAUCUAAAAUCAUCGAGCAUUUCAAGAAGAGUGGUAGAGUUAUUCGGCCAUGGAUUGGGCUCAAAAUGGUCGAACUCAAUAACUUGAUCGUUGCUCAGCUAAAAGAACGAGACCCAAUGUUUCCUGAUGUCGAAAGAGGCGUUCUUGUUCCUACGGUGAUUCCGGGAUCACCGGCUGAUCGAGCUGGCUUCAAACCAGGAGAUGUUGUUGUGAGAUUUGAUGGGAAGCCGGUCGAGACCAUCAAAGAGGUGAUAGAGAUAAUGGACGACAGAGUUGGGAAGAGGAUGCAAGUAGUUGUGGAAAGAUCAAAUAAAGAAAGGGUCACACUAGAAGUCAUUCCUGAGGAGGCUAAUCCAGACAUGUGAGACGAGACGACGACUGAGACAGUUUUGUAAUGGAAACUUCACGAUAUUCAACCAAAUGUGUUGAAAUAGGAUUUUAGCUUCAUUUGAAUUUCUUUAUUUUGGUUUCAUUUUUGGUCUCAUGGUUCCUUUCUCGACCACUUUAUAACGGAACUAAAAAGUGAGACGUAGCAAAUUAUAUUCAUUUAAAAUUAAUGUUCGUUUUUUGCGAAUAAAGUAAUACCAACAGGCAGGCUUUCCACCAAAUCUAACCUUGUCCAGUUGGUUGUGUACUGGUUUAGGCCUCUACACUUCAGGACAAGAGUUCGACUCGUAUUUGGUACCAAGUCGUGCCAUCUCUUUCUCUCUCUCUCUUUCGCCUUCACAAUCCAAUAUCCAUGUCGAUGUUGUUGUAUUGAACUUAAAGAGAGGUAAUAAAAAUUACCUUUUUUUUG